UAUAAGUCUGGAAAAAUCUCCGGACCCGCUGUGUCUGAUAUAUAGCACCCAGUACCCAAUCAGUCAGAGUAUAAGCUUUAACUCAUUACAAUAAGGCUUUGUUAGGCAAUGGAAAUUUCUGCCAUAGUUACUAGUGUUCCUUUAAGUUUGAUGUUCAUUUUCAUCGGCACCAUCAUAAAUCUCAUCCAAGUGGCUUGUUAUCUAACUAUUCGGCCGCUGUCGAAAAGCACAUUCAGAAGAAUCAAUGGAGCAGUUUCAGAGGUUUUAUGGCUAGAACUUGUGUGGCUGAUGGAGUGGUGGUCUGGCUGUGAGGUAAAACUGCAUACAGAUUUGAAAACUUACCGGUUGAUGGGUAAAGAACAUGCUCUUCUUAUGCCUAAUCAUGUGGCUGAUGCCGAUACGAUGCUUGUAUGGCUUUUAGCACAGCGCAUGGGUUGUCUUCGCAGCGCUCUCAUAAUCUCGAAGAAAUCUACGCAAUACCUUCCGAUCUUUGGUUGGACAACUUGGUUUUACGAAUUUAUUUUCGUGGAUAGAAAUUGGGCGAAGGACGGAAGCAAAUUGAAGUCAAGUUUUCAAGCGCUUAAGGAUUUUCCUAUUCCUUUUUGGGUGACAAUUUUCGCGGAGGGAACGCGUUUGACGCCCGAUAAACUCUUAGAAGCUCAAACAUUUGCUUCUACCAAAGGGUUGGCAAUUCCCAAGAACGUUUUGAUCCCCAGAACCAAGGGUUUUGUUACAGCAGUACAGAGUUUGCGAUCCUUUGUUCCAGCGCUUUAUGAUGUUACAAUUGCUAUACAAAAAGGUCACCCGUCUCCGUCAUUGCUGAGAUUUCUAAAGAGGCAACCUUGCAAGAUAAAGGUGCAUAUAAAGCGAUAUUCGAUGAAGGAACUGCCAGAAUCAGAUGAAGGCAUCGCUCAAUGGUGUAGAAAUAGGUUCAUUGCCAAGGAUGCUCUACUAGACAAAUUAGCAGCAACCGGUGGAUUUGAUGAAGAAGAAAUUACAGAUUUUCGGCGCUCAACGAAGUCACUUAUAGUUUUUCUCAUUACCCUCUUUUUAUUUUCUGUUGGAGCUUGGAUAUCAUGUCAGAAGUUUUCCUUGCUCUCUAAUCGGAGGGGGUACACCAUUUUGGCAACCAUAGUUGGAACUGCAGCAAUCUUCGCACACAUUUUCCUUGAAUUCACCAAGUUACCACCACAAAAGUGCAAAGCUACUUUGCAGACAAAUGGAGAUACAUAAUAAAUCAAAGCAAUUACUCCACUGAUAAGAGUAGAGUUGCUCUGCUUAUCAUGUUCUUUUCGUAAGAACACAACUUAUAGUAGUCUUCUAUUUCGAGAACAUGGAAUCUAUGGAACAAAUAUAUAUAAUUACAGACAGUCAAGGAGAUCCCUCUACAAUAUCUAUUUGUGGAGUAGAAAAUGCAAUAAAGUAGGAAAUAUUCGUGGUUU